AUGUCUGAUACCGAAGAUGACCCCGUCGUGGCCUCCUACGACGUCUUUCUCACGGACUCGGAUGUCUCGCGCUAUGUCUUCCAAUACCUCGAUCGACAUGUCGACCUCCCCUACAAUGACCGCAAUAACCAGUGUCCGAUUUCACUUAAGAUGAAACAAAAUACAGGACUUGUCGAGGUAGAGGUUCCCAUCAGCACGCGCUCAAACUACGACGUGAACAAAGGCAUGCGCUACGGCGAAGCAGUAAAGAAGAGCCGCUCUGCGCGGGACGGCGGUUCCUAUGGAAUGUCAGGUGGUUUCACCGCUGGCAGUGGAGCAGUGGGCACAGGAGGAAGAAUGAAGACCGAAACCAACGGCGACGUGGAAGUUCUGGACAAUAAGAGGGUGGUGGAUUCGAAUGCCCUGAUGCGCACACAGGCACUUGCCGGUCGAGUAAAGCCUGCUGAAGAAGGAGACCCAAUUUACAUGCUGGGUACAUUCAAAGAUAAAAACUUGCACCUCUCCCCCAUUUCCUCGGUCAUCCAAUUCCACCCCCAGCUUCACCAUUUGGAUGCGCUAGACGAGAUGCCCAAGGCGAAGGGUACCCGCGGCAAAAAGGACGACGACGAGCGCCCUGCCCCAGAAACCGAGGCACGCGCCAUCGAUAUGAAAGUCAAAGCUGCGGAGGAUGGCGAAACUCAACACAAUGCGGGUAAUUUGGAGAUUCUGAAGCAGAUGCAAGAAGAAAAAUGGAGAACAUAUGGCUGGAUUGAUGCCGAGACGGAGGACGCAUGGUACACAUACGAGAGCUUUAUGCUGCACCCAGAAGAUGGGGAGCCCCAGGCCUUGGAAUCUAAUCUGGAUUCGGAAGAGUAUCUGGAUAAGAUGAGUGCUCCCAGGAUUGAUCCUGCGCGCCCUGAUCUGACUGGCUGGGCUAUGAAAGAGAAUCGACGGAGGCAAAGAGAAGCUCAAGCAGGAAGUGGAAACCAAUGA